UUAAACCAUAAUAAAUGCCAUAAAGGCGCUUUCUACCCGCAUUUAUUAAGUAAUUAUUUAAUUAAUUAAUUUUCGCGAGUCUUACAAAGAUCAGCUCAUUGUAUAACACCAAAGGUUGUCUAAUGAGAGACAAUCUUUAACAUCCGAAAUAAAACCUUGUUUGAGCUUCGAUGGGCCUUCACCGAUCAGAAUUAAUCAUCAUGAACGUAUGACACAUUUUACUUUAAUGAGUGUCAUCACUCAUUCAGAGGUGACGACUAUAUUCAAGUAUGUUGUUUGGUUGGUAGCAGCAAUGUCAUGCCAAACUGAAAAUUUUUGUUCUCCUACUACUGGGAAAUAUAGAACGUGGCUAAAAUUAGAAGAUUCAACUGCUAUAAUUCAUGUCAUAGAAGUCCCUUUUCGACUAGAUACAAGAUCAAUUUACAAUAUCUAAGAGGGUACAAACCUUAGGUUACAAAAAGGUUUUACAAACUUAAAAACCCCUAAUAUAUUUAUAAUAAAGAGUGAUAUAAAAUACUCGUCACUAAAUGCCAUAGUUAAAUGUUUGAUGCCCAAGUCGGGUAAUACUCUAUUGUUUAUCGCAUUCUAUAUUUUUAUUAUUACAGGAGCCUAUAUUUUUAGUUUGGCAUGACAUUGUUACUACUACCCAAAUAACACACUUGAAUGUAGUCGUCGCCUCAAAUGAGUGAAGAAACUCAUUAAAAUAACAGGUAUCAUACGAUCACGAUGAUUGACUAUAAUCGAUGAAGGCUAAUGGAAGCUCAAACAAGCUAUUCUUCCAUAUCGUAAAGAUAGUCUUUCAUUAGACAACCUUUGGUGUUCUACAAUGAGCUAAUAUCCGUUUUAUUUAUUUCAAAGCUUUAAAGUAAGGGUAAAAACACCAUGCCACAGUCCAACAUCCUACUUAAAAUGCGCGUUCAUAAUCUUGAUCCAUUUACAAAUGCCUAAAAGGUGGAGGUGACUCUUCUGAAUACCUUUCUCAAAAACUAUUCUAAAGAUGGAUUCAACGGUUAAGAAUGUACAUAAAAGAUCUCUUGGCAAAGGUUCCAACUGUAAGGUAGUGAAUGCCUAAGUUCAUCUUAUAGGUUCGAACGUAUAACAUCUUGUUAGGUAUCAGUAUCAUCUCAAUCAAAGAUAAAUUAUUGAUCUUUCGUAGCCUCACUAUCUAAAUGACAUUGUGUGCCAAUUUAAUGUAAAUUUCUUCCUUCAUUUCUCUGAACAUUCAAUUUAAUGUAAGAAUUUACAUGAAGUGGGAAAUUAGCUACAAGCCACUAUCUCGGCUUAUCUAUGAGCCUUUUGUCUUUAUGUCUAGGUUGAAUUUAGAAGAAACUUGUUAAAGGUCAAAGUCAUCAUCAUUUUUUCCUUUAUACAAAGCAAAUGUGGAACAACAUUUUUUGAAAGCAACAUUUACUUUUCAUUUUAUGUUUUUGCCAAAACACAACAUAUAAAUACAAGAUACUUAUAGAUAAGUUCAGAAAAUGGCUCGUUAAUUUAUCCAUUUUCGUUAAAAGUCUACUAAAUUCCAUAUGUUCAAAGAAAUGAAGGAAAAAACCUACAUUAAAUUGGCAUGUAAGAUCCUUUACCAUAGUGAGACUAAAAAAAACAAAUUCUUUAUCUUUGAUUGGGAUGGUAUUGAUACAACCAAAUGUCAUACGUUCAAACCUAUAAGAUUAACUUAUGUGUUAACUCAUUUACAACUAGAACAUUCGCCUUUGUCAAGAGAUAUUUUAUGUACUUCAUUCACUACUCUACAGUUGGAACAUUUGCCUUUGUCAAGAGAGAUUUUAUGUACAUUUUCAACUGUUGGAUCCAUCCUUAGAAUAGUUUUUAAGAAAGGUAUUCAGAAGAGUUACCUCCACCUUUUAGGCAUGUGUAAAUGGGUCAAGAUUAUGAACAUGCGUCUUAAGUUGCAUGUUGGACUGUGGCAUGGUGUUUUUACUCUUACUAUAAAACUUUGAUAUAUACAAAAUGGAGAUUAGCUUAUUGUAGAACACCAAAGGUUGUCUAAUGAAAGACUAUCUUUAUCAUCCUGAAAAAUGACUUCUUUGAGCUUCCCUAAGCUUUCACCGAUUAGAAUCAAUCAUCAUGAACGUAUGACACCUUUUACUUUAAUGAGUGUCAAAACUUAUUAAGAGGUGACGACUAUAUUCAAGUGUGUUGUUUGGAUGGUAGCAACAAUGUCAUGCCAAGAUAAAAAUCUAGGUUCUCCUAGUAAUACAAAAUAUAGAAUGCGGUUAACAAUAGAGUAUUAACCAAUUUGGGCAUUCAAAAAUAAACUUUGGCAUGACAUUGCUGUUACUACCCAAAUAACAAACUUGAAUGCAGUCGUCGCCUCAAAUGAGUGAAGAAACUCAUUAAAGUAACAGGUAUCAUACAAUCACGAUGAUCGACUAUAAUCGGUGAAGGCUAAUGGAAGCUCAAACAAGGUAUUUUUCUAGAUAAUAAAGAUAGUAUUUCAUUAGACAACCUUUGGUGUUCUACAAUAAGCUUAUCUUCAUUUUGUAUAUGUCAAAGUUUUAUAGUAAGAGGAAAAACAUCAUGUCACAGUCCAACAUGCAACUUAAUACGCAUGUUCAUAAUCUUGACCCAUUUACACAUGCCUAAAAGGUGAAGGUGACUCUUCUGAAUACCUUUCUCACAAACUAUUCUAAGAAUGGAUCCAACAGUUGAAUAUACAUAAAAUCACUCUUGACAAAGACAAAGGUUCCAAGUGUAGAGUAUUGAAUGCUUAAGUUCGUCUUAAAGAUUUGAACGUAUAACAUUUUGUUGGGUAUCAAUAUCAUCCCAAUCAAAGAUAAACUUAUGAUAUUUCGCAGCCUCACUAUGUAAAGGAUAUUACGUGUCAAUUUAAUGUAAAUUUCUUCCUUCAUUUCUCUGAAUAUGAAAUUUAAUGUAAGAAUUUACAUGAAGUUGGAAAUUAGCUACAAGUCACUAUCUCGGCUUAUCUGUGAGCCUUUUGUCUCUAAGUCCAGGUUGAAAUUUAGAAGAAACUUGAUAAAGGUCAAAGUCAGCAUCAUUUUUUCGUUUAUACAAAACAAAUGUGGAACAACAUCUUUUGAAAGCAACAAUUACUUUUCAUUUUAUGUUUUUGCCAAAACACAACAUAUAAAGACAAGAUGCUUAUAGAUAAUUUCAGAAAAUGGCUCGUUAAUUUUUCCAUUUUCAUGAAGAGUCUAGUAAAUUCCAUAUGUUAGAGAAAUGAAAGGUAAAACAUACAUUAAAUUGGCAUGUAAGAUCCUUUACCAUAGUGAGACUAAAAAAAUCAAUUGUUUAUCUUUAAUUGGGAUGGUAUUGGUACAACCAAAUGUCAUACGUUCAAACUUAUAAGAUGAACUUAAGCAUUCACUACUCUACAGUUGGAACAUUUGCCUUUGCCAAGAGAGAUUUUAUGUACAUUUUCAACUGUUGGAUCCAUCCUUAGAAUAGUUUUUGAGAAAGGUAUUUAGAAGAGUCACCUCCACCUUUUAGGCAUAUGUAAAUGGGUCAAGAUUAUGAACAUGCGUCUUAAGUUGCAUAUUGGACUGUGACAUGGUGUUUUUACUCUUACUAUAAAACUUUGAUAUAUACAAAAUGGAGAUUAGCUUAUUGUAGAACACCAAAGGUUGUCUAAUGAAAGACUAUCUUUAUCAUCCUGAAAAAUGACUUGUUUGAACUUCCCUAAGCCUUCACCGAUUAGAAUCAAUCAUCAUGAACGUAUGACACCUUUUACUUUAAUGAGUGUCGAAACUUAUUAAGAGGUGACGACUAUAUUCAAGUGUGUUGUUUGGAUGGUAGCAACAAUGUCAUGCCAAGAUAAAAAUCUAGGUUCUCCUAGUAAUACAAAAUAUAGAAUGCGGUUAACAAUAGAGUAUUAACCAAUUUGGACAUUCAAAAAUAAACUUUGGCAUGACAUUGUUGUUACUACCCAAAUAACAAACUUGAAUGCAGUCGUCGCCUCAAAUGAGUGAAGAAACUCAUUAAAGUAACAGGUAUCAUACAAUCACGAUGAUCGACUAUAAUCGGUGAAAGCUAAUGGAAGCUCAAACAAGGUAUUUUUCUAGAUAAUAAAGAUAGUCUUUCAUUAGACAACCUUUGGUGUUCUACAAUAAGCUUAUCUUCAUUUUGUAUAUGUCAAAGUUUUAUAGUAAGAGGAAAAACAUCAUGUCACAGUCCAACAUGCAACUUAAUACGCAUGUUCAUAAUCUUGACCCAUUUACAAAUGCCUAAAAGGUGAAGGUGACUCUUCUGAAUACCUUUCUCACAAAUUAUUCUAAGAAUGGAUCCAACAGUUGAAAAUAUACAUAAAAUCACUCUUGACAAAGACAAAGGUUCCAAGUGUAGAGUAUUGAAUGCUUAAGUUCGUCUUAAAGAUUUGAACGUAUAACAUUUUGUUGGGUAUCAAUAUCAUCCCAAUCAAAGAUAAACUUAUGAUAUUUCGCAGCCUCACUAUGUAAAGGAUAUUACAUGUCAAUUUAAUGUAAAUUUCUUCCUUCAUUUCUCUGAACAUGAAAUUUAAUGUAAGAAUUUACAUGAAGUUGGAAAUUAGCUACAAGUCACUAUCUCGGCUUAUCUAUUAGCCUUUUGUCUUUAUGUCCAGGUUGAAAUUUAGAAGAAACUUGAUAAAGGUCAAAGUCAGCAUCAUUUUUUCCUUUAUACAAAACAAAUGUGGAACAACAUCUUUUGAAAGCAACAAUUACUUUUCAUUUUAUGUUUUUGCCAAAACACAACAUAUAAAGACAAGAUGCUUAUAGAUAAUUUCAGAAAAUGGCUCGUUAAUUUUUCCAUUUUCAUGAAGAGUCUAGUAAAUUCCAUAUGUUAGAGAAAUGAAAGGUAAAACAUACAUUAAAUUGGCAUGUAAGAUCCUUUACCAUAGUGAGACUAAAAAAAUCAAUUGUUUAUCUUUAAUUGGGAUGGUAUUGGUACAACCAAAUGUCAUACGUUCAAACUUAUAAGAUGAACUUAAGCAUUCACUACUCUACAGUUGGAACAUUUGCCUUUGCCAAGAGAGAUUUUAUGUACAUUUUCAACUGUUGGAUCCAUCCUUAGAAUAGUUUUUAAGAAAGGUAUUCAGAAGAGUUACCUCCACCUUUUAGGCAUGUGUAAAUGGGUCAAGAUUAUGAACAUGCGUCUUAAGUUGCAUGUUGGACUGUGGCAUGGUGUUUUUACUCUUACUAUAAAACUUUGAUAUAUACAAAAUGGAGAUUAGCUUAUUGUAGAACACCAAAGGUUGUCUAAUAAAAGACUAUCUUUAUCAUCCUGAAAAAUGACUUGUUUGAGCUUCCCUAAGCCUUCACUGAUUAGAAUCAAUCAUCAUGAACGUAUGACACCUUUUACUUUAAUGAGUGUCGAAACUUAUUAAGAGGUGACGACUAUACAUUAAGACUAUUAGCCCACAUUUGGCUCAUUAUGCAGCAUUACAAAUUAAAUUUUUGCAUGAAGGCAAAAUGGCAAUUCUUCAAGGGGAAUAAGAAAUGUUGCCCAUUGUAGCUCCAUUGAAUCAUAUACGUAGAAUGAUAAAUACCAAUUUUGUAGCUGAAGUGUAUACCAUUCAGUUAGACGAAUUGACCUCAAUCCCUCCUUCUUUGUUAGAGUUACCAAAGGAUAUGGAGCCCAAAUUGCAGCUUUUGCUACACACUUACAGUAAGGUCUUUAGCAUUCCUACCUCUCUUCCCCCUACACGAGAGCAUGAUCACUCAAUUCCUUUGAUGGAAGGUUCUGGUCCGAUCAAGGUUCGCCCUUACCGCUAUCCUCAUAGUCAGAAAGUAGAAAUUGAAAAAUUGGUUGAUGGUAUGUUGU